AUGGCCAAGGGCAAGAAGGGUGGCGCGCCGCAAGGCGCCAUCAAGCGCAAGGCGUACUACAGCGAUUCGAGCGACGACGAUUCGCACGUCAACUUCAAGCAGGCGGUGCCACUGGCGUCGCUUGAGAACGCGCCCGUGCGCGACUUCACGGGCGAGGCCGCGGCCAAGCCGGCGCCCAAGGCCAAGAAGAACAAGGCCAACAAGAAGACCAAGUCGGACAAGCCCGUGUACAUUGCGAACGAGCCUGCGCCGUCCAAGAAGCAGGCGGUGCCGGGCGAGUCGCUCGAGCAGCGCAAGAUCAAGACGAUGCAGCAAAAGGCGAUCCGAAGGUCGUGUGGCGCAAGUUUUGGCCGCGAAAAACACGCUCUUUGA